UGAAAAUUUAAUGCAAUGUCGCUGAUGUGGUACAUUAAACUCAAGUAACCUACUUUUAAAGUAUCUAGUAGUUGUAUACUAAGAAAAUCAUUAUGUGUAUGUGAGUAAAUAUUUUUCGGAAAAUUUUGUACUGUAUAGCAAAUACAAUAUAAUCGAAUUUUUUCUACGUCUAAAUUUGUGCUGAAAAGUGGCCAAACAAGUCAGCUGUGCAAGCGAAAAAGGAUAUGUGUAAGGUUAUUUGCAAGGAUAAACGCAAAGGAUAUGCGCUCAGAUAAUACACGUGUAUUUAACCUUUCAAAAAUCUAAAUUAGAUCAACAAGCUUGCUGUGGCGCGCGUGCACAAACAAAAUCUUCUGCUGACGACAAACCAAAUUUCAAUUCCGCCUCUUUAAACAGUCAUUCACUUGCAGUGCCAUCAUCGUUAUCCUUGAGUGCUUCAAACAUUAAACAUUAAAUGCUCAAUCAAACAGAAAUUAAAUCGCGUUCUUUAUUUUUGCGUGUUUUUACUUUUAUUGCAACGUGCAACUGCCGCACAAGACCCGCGGAUGUGAAAUGAAAAAAAAACGACAAUUCCAUGCCUGAUUAAGCGAUCCUUUCCACUUUCACUUUAAUGCGGCGCCAUUCGCGCUGAAGUGUAUUCGUGUGUAUAUGUAUGUACAUAGAUAUUAUUUACAUGCUGUUAUGUGAGUGCGACCAGCGCUGAAGGACUCUUUGGCGGUGAAAGUGUGGCAGUAGUUGAAUGCGCCAAUUGGCGCAGUCCUUGAAAAGCGGCCACGAAAGUGAAAAGGUUAAGUGUGUAUGCGUAUCUUCAACAACAACUUCAGCACAAUGCGGUCUCACACGGUGGCAGUGGCAUGGCGACGAUACUACCACUGCCUGCUGCUCCUACUACUACACACACAAGCGUUCCUCGUGCCCACCAACGCGCUACCGGCAUCCACCAAUACGCUUGCGGCACAAAGUGGUGGCGUCGGUGGCGGCGGCGGUGGCUUGAGCUCCAAUAGUAAUAGCAACAACAACAACAACAACAAUAACAGUGGUAGCAAUGUAGCAGGUGGCAAUAGUAAUGUAAAUAGUAAUAGUAACAACAAUAACAUUGCCAUUGGGAUACCCAAUGCAGGCAUAAAUAGCGGCAAUAACGCUGCAAACAAUGUCAACGUCAGUGGGAGCGGCAGCAGCAGUUCGGCCAACAGCGGCAGCAGCAGCAGCAGCAGCAGCAGCAGCAGUGGUAGUGAUAUUGAUUUGCUCAAUAUAGGUGGCACAAAUGCGGGAGGCAUUGGCGGUGUGGCCGGCAGCAACGCUAACAGCAGCAACAUUAUGGUAUUGCCAAGAGAGAAGUUGUACGAGAAGUGCACGGGGCCCGGCGAUCCAGGGCCUUGCAAGCAAUAUAUUUAUAAAUGGCGCUAUGAGCCGCUCUCCAACGAAUGCACCACCUUCAUUUGGGGUGGCUGUGAAGGCAAUCCGCAGAAUCGUUUCAACACAGAGGCCGAGUGUCUGUAUCAUUGCAUUGGCGGACCGCAUACGCUGCCCCCUUUUUUGCGCUCGACUACCAGUGAGCCCAGCACGACUGAAUCAGCGAUACAAUUGCCCGCAAACACUGCAGGGCCGUUUUAUGGCGCUGAUGGCUCUGAUUCCAACCCUGUGCCAUUCGAGCAACGAGGCCCUGAGCUGACAUUUGCUGAAACGGGUCAAGAGAAAACAUUCGUCUUUGCCAAGAAUAACACAUUCAUCCAAAUGGACGGUGAUAUUAUACAAACAUUUCAAUUAAGACUUUGUCGUGAGAUCUCAUUUCAAUUUCGAACACGUCUACCGCAUGGUCUGCUCGUCUAUCACAACGUAAAAAAUCCGGAUCGUAUUAAUUUGGAUCCCUACGCAUUGUAUGUGAUUGUGGAGAAGGGUCAACUGAAAGUUGUGCAUGUUUUCGGAAAGCAUUCAACAAGUGUAACCGUAGGCGAAGGACUCAAUCGUGAUGAAUGGCAUAGUGUAAUGGUACGCAUCGAUGUCCAUGGCGCAAGAUUGAUUGCACGCGUUGACAACAGUCAAGAGGAAGUUUACUUGAAGGGCUUGAACCAUGACACCAACUAUGGAGUGUCAACGAAUCUGCCGUCGGUGGUGCUGGUCGGAGGUCUUUCAUCGGAGGAGAAACUGCAUGGCGUCAAGUAUAUCAUCGAAUCAUUUGUUGGUUGUAUUCGUAAUGUUGUUUUGAGUUCGGGCAAAGCGGCAUCCGAUUUGCUACCCAUUACACCACUGGUGGCCACCAAACAUGAGAACGUCAACGAAGGUUGCGCCGACAAAUGCUAUUCCAGACACAAUUUGUGUUUUGUGGGAUCCCGUUGCAUUAAUCACUACUAUGACAUUUCAUGCGAUUGCUUUGGCAGCUACUAUGAGGGCGAGCAUUGCGAUAUUUACACUGCCACCAUAAUGACACUACGCGGCUCCAGCUAUGUCUCCUAUCGCAUCUAUGACUGGAAGGAUCGCGUACAUUCCUCCAAUACUCGCAUUAGUCUCAUGUUUCGCACACAAUUCGACGAUUCAGCACUCUUCUAUGCGAGCGGUGAAUCACUCAAGCAUCAGUACAUUGCCGCUUCGAUAAAAAAUCAAUCAAUUCAUGUGGAAAUGGAUUUUGGCGAUAGCGUUAUGUCGACAGUGCUCACCGAUGAGUUGACGCGCAGUAAUUGGCAUAAUUUAACCAUUCACCAUGAACGACGCACCGUGCGCAUCAUACUUGAUCAGCAAAUGAAAAUAUUGGAAAUACCUGCUACGUCGAGCGGCAAUUUGCUAUUCGAUCCGGAAAUUUAUUUCGGUGGCGGUCCGGAUUUGCACAAAAAGAAGGGCUUACAUUCGCAGAAUAAUUUUGUUGGCAGUCUUAAAUAUGUCUACUAUAAUGAUGUGUCGAUUUUAUAUGAAUUGCAUAAAAGUAAUCCGAAGGUACACUAUCACGGUGUCCUCGAAGCCGAAUUUCAAGAGAACGAAGUCAACGUCAUACCCAUAACGUACCCUUUUGCGACAUCUCACAUUUGGUGGCCCAUAAAUCACGCCGAAGAAUUUAAUAUUAAAUUCGAUUUCCGGAGUAGUCGUACAGCAGCAGUGUUGGCAUACAGUGAUGUGACAACAGCAUCCGGAAAUGGAUAUUGGGAGAUACGCCUCGCUUCGGACAAGCUGAGUUUUGAUCUAGUACCCGAUUUGGGCAGCAAUCUCACACAUUCAACGGCCAUCAAAAUCAAUAGAGCCACCUCCUGGCAUUCCGUCGAACUGGACUACAAAGCGGGCGAAAUCACAUUCACCGUUGACUAUCAUCUGACGCAGAGUCAAAUGUUCGGUUUGACUUUCAAUAUCGGCGAUAAAUUGAUUAUUGGCAGCAGUCUCAAGUCGGCCGCUUCUGGUCUUGUCGGCUGUAUACGCGACAUCGAGAUCAACGGGCAUUUGAUUGAGCCACGGCAUGUCGUGAAAACGGAACGUGUGGUGGGCGAGGUUGCGCUGGAUAACUGUAAUUAUAUAGAUCCCUGCAAGCGGCCGAACACCUGCGAGCAUGGCGGUAAGUGCUUCGUGAAAGACGAUCGUGUCACAUGCGAUUGCAAACAGACUGGAUAUAUUGGCAAGAAUUGUCACUUCACCAAGUAUCGCAAGACUUGCGAAGAGCUGGCGCUACUGGGCUACACCAAAUCGGAUGUGUACCUCAUCGAUAUUGAUGGCAAUGGCGUAUUUCCGCCAGCGCAUGUUAAGUGUGAUUUUCAGAGUUUGGAGAAUGCUACCAAAACGAUUGUGGAACAUAAUUUACCCAGUCAAGUGGAUGUGCGUUCUGCGCGGGACAAUGACUUCAGCUUCAAUAUACGUUACCGUGAAUUUUCACCAGACAUGCUGCAGGAGCUGAUCUCACAUUCUUUGUACUGUACGCAAUAUAUCAAAUAUGAUUGCUACAAGGCGCCGCUGGAGCUGCACUCGGCCACUUGGUUCACUUCGUCGGCAAAGAAUUUAACCGUCGAUUUUCUGGGCAACGCAAAACGUGGCGCGUGUCCUUGCUCCAUCAACAAAACAUGUGUGGACCCAAAUCAAUCAUGCAACUGUGAUGUGAAAGAAAACAAAUGGUAUUCGGAUGAAGGCUACUACAAUGAACCGCACAGUCUGGGCAUAACGAAUAUGUAUUUUCUACAACAAAAGGAUUUGGAAGAAGAUUCACAGGGACGCAUAACGCUCGGACCAUUGGAGUGUGUCGAAACGAACACACAAAAGUAUGUCGUCACCUUCACUACAUCACAAUCGUACAUCGAAGUGCCGGGCUGGCGCAAAGGGGAUAUUGCCUUUUCCUUCCGCACCACCGGCGAAAAGGCCAUUCUACUCUUCCAACCGCCCAUCCGCCCGAAUCAUCCAUCGUUCAUGGUCGCACUUACCGGCGACUAUCAGUUGACAUUCAACUUUACCCUCAGCACUGGCACUACACGAGAAUUGGUAAUUAACUCGCAUCGCAAGUUGAAUGGCGGCGAAUGGCAUAAAAUUUGGAUUGACUACAAUGAGUAUCACGUACGUUUCAUGAUAAAUACCGACUAUCAAAUGGUUGAUCUCUUGCCCGAGGAGGAAUUCGGACCAUUCGAGGGCAGCAUGUACAUUGGCGGAGCAACGGCUGACCUGCUGAAGAAGCUAUCUGUUAAGGCUGGCUUAAUUGGUUGUUUCCGCGGCCUAGUCGUCAACGGUGAAAUACUCGACAUUUACAGCUAUAUGUCCGUACAUCUGUCGGAGAUAAUUAAGGAUUGCAAACCAUCUUGCGUGCCAUCACCGUGUAAAAAUGGCGCGCAAUGUAAGGAACUGUGGAGCACAUUCCAGUGUGUGUGCAGCAAUCCUUGGGCGCAUAUUGGCGAGUUUUGCGAGACAAAUAUCAACGAGAAGGCACUUACUUUCAUUACACGUGAAUCAUUUUUGAUGCGCAAUUACUUAAGUACACCGGCUGCGACGCCACCCUUCUUACCCGCCGCCUACUCCAUCUAUGGCAUCAAUGAGGAGCGUGAUAUUAUCAAAGGCAUUCUAACCGAGAAUAUCCUUAUCAAUUUGCGCACCUACGAUACGAAUGCUCUCGUUCUCUAUGCUAAUGAUCAUUACAACAAUUUCGUGCAUUUAUAUGUGAGCGCUGGACGUGAAAUAGUUUUCCUCUAUAAUUAUGGUGAUGAAAUUGUUAAUUUAACUAUCGUUGAUGAAACUGUGAGCAGUUUGAAUAGCAUUCAAGUGGCCAUUGAACGAGAGGAGCAUCGCACAACCAUGCAUGUGAACGAACAGAGCGUGAGUGUGGAGCGAGGCAUGAUGCUAUUGGAUGAGUAUAGCAAUAAGCCAUGGAUAAAUCCAGAGAAAGAGGUCCUAUCACCACACCGGCCACCCGCUCCACCCACGGAAUACUUCCAAUUCAACAUUGGUGGCUAUGAUCCGGCGAAUUUGUUGCGACCCAAUCUAGACUCUCCAGCACUGCAGGGAUAUAUUGGCUGCGUGCGUGGCCUGAAAAUUGGCACAAAUUUAAUCGACUUGGCUGACAUCAACGAACGGAAUAUUUCGCCUACUAUGGACGGUGUCCUACCAAAUUGCCAAAUCAAAUGUGACGCUGAGCCCUGCAAAAAUGGUGGCAUAUGCAAGGAGAAUUUCGCCAAACAAGAGUCGACAUGCGAUUGUGAACACACCAGCUUUUUGGGUGAAUUCUGCAUGGAAGAGAAGGGAGCGGACUUUAGUGGCGAAUCGACAUUGUUGCGUAAAUUCGAACUUACCGGCAAAGUGGACUUUGUGCUAUUGCAAUUGGCAUUCUCCUCUUUCGAUUUACGGCGUGCCAAUCGUGUGAUGUUGUUAUUGCAACCGACUGGUGAUCGCAGUUAUUACCUGAUGGUAGCCAUUAACGCCGAUGGGCAUCUGUUAUUCGAAGAGGACCGCGAAGGACCGGCGGUGGGUGCACAAAUCGAACGAAGCUUUCUGAAUAAUGCACGCCAUUCCAUCUACUAUAUACGCAAUGGCAGUGAUGCCACACUGCAUAUUGACCGCGAAAAGGUGCCAUUGACAAAGAUACAGACACGUGCACCGGUGCCAACGAGUGGUGCGGGCGGAAAUCGGGUACAAAUUGGUGGCAUCAAUACGACAGAUGCGAGAUUUGCUGUGUUCAAGAGCUACAGUGGAUGUUUGUCGAAUAUCUACAUACAAGUGAACAAUUACGUCAUGAAGCCGCUUGAGGAAUAUAUGCUCUUCACUAAAUCAGGUGCCGAUAAUAUUACGGUAAUUCAUCCGCAGGGUCUACGCAGCGCACAAUGUAUUGCUAAAUUUGAUAUAUCAGAGCAACCAUCACAAGAACCAAUGGUCAACGUGAGUAUGAGCGCCGAAGCGUGGGUGGAAGAUCCACCGCAGCGUGUACUCUACGUAGCUCAAUUUGGAUAUGACGUUUCCGAGAAGGAAGAUUCCACACAAGUGGUAUUCAUAACGUUGACUUCACUCUUUGUGAUCAUAGUAAUUUGCUGCCUCAUAGAAGUGUACCGCAGUCAUCGAGCUUAUAAGAAACGCAUCGAGCGACAAACUGACGAGGACAUCAUUUGGUCAAAGGAGCAAGCGACGAAAAUGCAUGAGUCGCCAGGGGUAACCGGCACACAAUCGUACGGCUACAAAAAGUUGCCGCAAGAUGAAAAGAAGCCAGGCAAUGGAGCGCCACUUGUGGGUAUUUUGAAAAAUGGCAGCACAGCCACAACAGCAGCUGCGGCUGCAGCUACAACAACGCCGCCGGCCAAGGAGAAUGGAAGUACGAAGAAAAACGGCGAUAUACCACUGGGUCAUAUUGAUGCACGCAUCGAUGAAGAGGAAGAAGACGAUGAUGAUGUAAAUGAAGGCGAUGAUUUGGUCAGUGCGGCAGACAAAAAAACGGAAGUGGACAAGAGCUUAGACGAAGCUUUGGAAGCAGAACAGCGUAAAGAGCAGGUGGAGCAGAAAGAGAUUAGUGCGAAUGCACUACAGAAAGGCGCUCAGGCGGCAAAUGAGGAUAAGACAAGGCAGGCAAGUGGAAAAGAAAUUAGCGCAGAUGCAACUAAAAAAUCGAAUGAAAAACCAAGCGAAGGUGGUGGUGGUGCCACCAACGAAGAAACGAAAACGAAGGAGGGUAGUAAAGAAAUUGCGGAGAACGACAAGUCGAAUGCAACAGCAGCAACAGCAGCCACACCGACAACAAAACAAUGCAGUGGUGCAAACGUUCAAGCAGCCAGCCAAAGCACAGCGUCGCCGCCUUCAACGUCAGCGCCGCCACAUAAUCCGGAGAAGGAGACUCAAACGCCAGCACAAAUAGGGGGCGAUACGGUGGAUGGCCAACAGCGGCAAGGACAGCAGUCAUCGCCUGCAACUACCAAUGGCACAACAGCGAAUGGCCAUGGCACGGUAAGCAAGCGAUAUUGUGUUGAGAAUGGUGCAGGUUUAGCGUUAAUUGGCUUAGCACCUUUAUGUUCCAUAAACGAAACCGAUUUAUUGCUUGAAUCAGAUUGAUUUCAUUAUGUAAAUAUACAUU